AUGGUAUCCCAUUUUCACAACUAUACUCUUCCUCUAAACGCAGCUACCUUAGUUACUUUUCACGAUGCUGCUCAAAAGGGUCUAGGCUUGCGUAUCUGUCAAGUCAUGAUAUCUACCGCAACGUCGGCAAGCCGUAAAGAACCCACCGUCGACGAGUUGGCAACGUUCUUCAUCUUUCAGCACGAAAUAUCCAAAGCUGUGGAAAGCAUUUUACUUGCCGAUAUCCUCGCUCCAUUACCGGAGAAAAUCAUCUUGGAAGGAGAUGGCUAUACACUAGUAGGAACAGAAGCUAGACGCGACUGGCGGUUUGGCGCGACGAUAAAUGCUCGGUGGGGUAAGGAGCCUCUGGUACCAACGGACAGCAAAUGGAGAUUCCUCUUCGAGGUUCGAAAAAAGCCUAUUGAAACUAUGGCAAAGCAGAGGAUUUCGGAGAAGUGA